AUGGGUCGUCGUCCUGCUCGUUGCUACCGUUACUGUAAGAACAAGCCUUACCCCAAGUCGAGGUACAACCGAGGUGUCCCCGACCCCAAGAUCAGGAUCUUCGACUUGGGCCGAAAGAGGGCUUCCGUCGAUGACUUCCCCUUCUGCGCCCACUUGGUCUCGGACGAAUACGAGCAGAUCUCUUCCGAGGCUUUGGAAGCUGCCCGAAUUUGCUGCAACAAGUACAUCGUCAAGACCUCUGGAAAGGACUCUUUCCACUUGAGGGUCAGGGCCCACCCCUUCCACAUCGUCCGAAUCAACAAGAUGUUGUCCUGUGCCGGAGCCGAUAGGCUUCAACAGGGUAUGCGAGGUGCUUGGGGAAAGCCUUACGGUUGUGUUGCUCGAGUCAACAUCGGUCAGAUCAUCCUUUCCGUCCGAUGCAAGGAGAGCAACAAGGCCGUCGUUCUCGAGGCUCUUAGGCGAUCGCGAUACAAGUUCCCCGGUCGACAGAAGAUCAUCAUCUCCAAGAAGUGGGGUUUCACCGACGUCAACAAGGAGGAGUACCUCAACCUCAAGGCCGAGAAGCGAUGCAUCCAGGACGGUGCUUACGUCCAAUACGUCAAGCCCAAGGGUCCCCUCCUCGCCAACCUCCGAAACCAGGAGCGUGCUUUGUAG